ACGUUUCCGUCGGAUUUUCAGUUUCAUCACCAGACACGUCAUCUGGCUUUCCCCUUAAAUUCAGGAACGUAAUAUACAGUACAGGGAACGAAUAUAAUAAAUCAUCAGGAAUAUUUACUUGUAAACAUCCAGGAGUCUAUUUCUUCACAGCAAAUGUGCUAAGAAGUCCUGGUAUUUAUGUAAACGAGUGCUCCAUUAGACUCAACGGUAUUAGUAUGUUACUAGUGACUAAUGUCACUCGCCUACGAGAAGGAUAUCAGUCAGGAUCUGGGUCAUUUAUUUGUCAUUUAAUUUCAGGAGAUACAGUCUCUUUAUCUAGCUGUCCUGGAGUGAACUACAUCUACUCGUAUUCUAGUUUUACCGGAUUCCGUAUUUCAUUUUAAAUAACCACCCUCCAUCUGUUAAUCAAUAUCUACCGGAUUCCGUGUUUUAUAUUAAUUAACCAGUCUACAUCUGAUACUCAACAUCAACCGAAUUCCGUAUUUAAUAUUAAUUCAUCAGACUCAACAUGUCUAUUUACAUUAACUGGAUUUCGUAUUUCAAAUGAUUCGGCCACUCUCAACAUUUAUAUCAUCAUCAACGGAUUUCGCAUUUUAGAUAAAUUAAUCAGUCUCCACAUAUCAAUUAAUAUCAACCGAAUUUCGUAUUUUAUAGUAAUAAACCAGUCUCCAUCUGUCAAUCAACAUCAACCGGAUUAUUUUUUAUGAUAUUAAAUUGAUCAGUCUCGAUCCUUGUCAAUCAACAUCCGUUGAUCAACUCAUCAGAUAAAGAUUGUUAACAUAUCAUUUGGCAACCUUCAUUAGUCAUCUAUAGUUAUUUUGUGUAACAACACUUCGAUCAGAUUCUUUCUGAACCAGGACAAGUUGACUACAAUCAUAAUCUAUUUUUUAUCAUUUUUUAUAAGCUAUAGUUUAAAUAUGACAACGCGUUCUACAUACCUUUGUUGACGAAUUUAUAUCAGACUUAGUCGUUUUUUUAUAUGGAUACGAGGUUUUAAUCUAGAUAUUUUUUAUAGCACAAAGUCGAUCAUUUUUAAAGUUUUUUUUUCAAUAUAGAGAAGGACAUUGUCAUACGUGUUCGUAUAUUGAUAUUAAAAAUAUAAGAAAAAAAAACGAGAAAAAAAUCCAUAUAAAAUGAAAUGUGUGGUACUUUUUGUGUGUCUAUUUCUUGGACUUGUGUCAGGAUUUCUAGUUGAAAAUGGAGGCCCAGCAGCAACAUCAAAUCCUCCUCAAUCGAAUGAUCAAUUUAUUCAAAAUAUGUUUAACUUGAUUCUUAACGAGCAAACUUCAAGACUUCAGCUACAGAGUCUGGUUACAACCCUAAGCAACAAAAUAAACCAGCUGGAAAGCGCAAAUGGUCAGAUUCAGAAAGACACGGAAGCAAAAAUAAAUCAAACAGCGAACGAUAUGACAACCAAACUGAACGCUCUGAGCACUCGAUUAGUUAAAAUGGAGCAGAUAAACGCAGACGUUUCUAAACAACUGGUAAAAGAGAAAAACAACCGAGAACAUCUUGAACAACUGUACACUGAUUUAGAGACACGCGUUCAGAAUUUGACAGCGGAUAACAAGACAGAGAUAAACACAUCCGAAUUAAAGGAUGUUGAAUCAAAAGUGGCCAGCUUGGAAAACAUGUACACAAGUACGGUUUACAAUCUUUCUGGCUUGACCUCAAGACUAGAUGACCUUACAGCACAAUUUGUAAAUACAGUCGGUGACACUAACUCAAAUCAGACAGGAAAUAGCACAAAUUUGCUUGUCAAAGUAAAUCAAAUGGAAACAAGGCUCGGUGAUUUGAAUCAUCAAUAUGAAGAGUUGAAAAAUGACUCACGCAUUUCCGACCUUAUGAUACUGGAAGACAAACUUAUUACUAUGGAAGCAAACCUGCAAAACCUAACAAUAGAUACUAACUACACACAUCUCCAGAUUGUGUCAGAUGAUGUUACCAACAUGAAGAAAGUCUUGAAAAACUUGACGGUGAACGAAUUUAACCAAUCUCACAUGUCGGUCGGUUUUUCUGUGUUCAACCCCGACACGUCAUCUGCCUCAUUACCGUACUACCCCCUAAAGUUCAAGAACGUGACGUACAAUUCCGGAGACGGCUAUAGCCUGAGGUCGGGGAUAUUUAUUUGUAAAUAUCCAGGACUGUAUUUCUUCAUGGCAAAUAUUUUUAGAUCACCAGGUGCCACCGAGAGCUUCUGCUAUUUAACCGUUAACGCACGUGAUACGCUACGGAUAACUAGUGGUGUUGAACUGGAGGACGGCUAUUUGCCGGGGUCAGGAUCAAUUGUACAUCAUCUAAAAAAGGGAGACACAGUGUACCUAUCAGGUUGUGGUAACGUCACCCACAUGUACGAGUAUUCUAGUUAUACUGGCUUUCGUAUUUCAAAUUAAUUUGAUUAUCACUUAUGUUAAGUUAUUUAGCCUUCAGACAUAAUAUCACGUGACAUGGAACUCAAGAUUAGCGCGUCCAAUCAGGCGCACAUACCGCCAUGUUGUCACGUGUAUUUCAUUUAAUAAUAUAAUUUGGUUGAUAGAAAUUUAGUAUUUGUAUUUCAUUGACUUUAAUAAGUUAAAAAACAGUCCCUGUAUUUCAGCAAUGUUUUCAACUGUAACCGAGCUUGAUUUUGAAUUAUUUACCCUUGAGCUUGAUUUUCUAAAGGUCAUUACAAAGCCAGAUAAUAAGUCUGAAAAAGACAACAUUUUACUAUUGGGUAAUUGUGCAUGUUAAUUCUUUACUAACUUACCUUAACUGUGAAUUAUCUGCCCUUGAAUAGGCAAAUUAAUGGGGUAUGUUUUCAUAAACGAGUUUGAUGGCUCUUAAAAUGUUUCAGGUAUCAAAUUUUAGGAUCAUGUAGAGUUGAAAUAAAUUCUUCUCUUAUGUUUUCA